AUGAUGGACAUGGAGAUGACAAGUAGCUCAGUACCUGUCUGCCGACAAGGUCUAUUCAUCCACACAGGAAACCCACUUAUGCGAGACCACCCACUGUCCUGUGAAAGACUGCUUCAUGUUGGUCAGCUGAACUUGACACAUUCGGAUAUAAGGUCACCCAGGUUUCAAGACUCGGUAGAUUCUGCUGCUCCAUGCCUGAAUGGAAGUAACCCGGCUCAGCACAUUAAACAAGAAUGCCCAAGUGAUUAUAAUGCCCGGGUGUCUGAGGCUUCCACACAUAGGAGGAUUACGGAGGGGAUGGAGCUGAGAGCCUCCGGUAGUCUGCAUCCUGAAAUAGAUGUAAUGAAUAAUAGCUUUACAAAUUCACUCUCAUCCUACUUGUUUAAUAAUGAGCAUAGCUCCUCCCUGGGUCCUUUGUCACUUGGCACCCCUCAGCACUCGGCUAGGCUACAAACAAGCAACCUGAAGAAGAGAUGCAUCUCUGUUGUGCCGUCUUCAGCUGAAGGAAUUGAUAUUACAGCUAUCAUACGCACAUCACAGACGUCACUGGUCACCUGUGUGAAUGGACUGCGAACUAAUUCAGCUGGCAUUUCCUCUCAUCCUGUGGAGAUCAGUCAUCACAGUGCUCAAAAAUGCUCUCGGCCCCAGUCUUGCUCUCAGCCUGGAAACCCUUGCAGUAUUCCCUCCCCUCCAGCAUGUCUUGUACCUAUUUCCACUGAAUGUGACAGAGGUGACUGUGAGCAGAUACAAAUGCAGCAAGUUGAGGAGAAUGGAAGCCUCAGCCUUAUGAUGAAUGGUACUAGCAUUCCUCAUCAAAACACCUCACACAGCACCCAGAAGGUGAGUUUCUUAAAACAAGAACCAGCUGACGAUUAUUCCUCCACUGCUGAUCUUUUUCGACAUCAUCAGGGGCUGCCUCCCCCUUACCAUCUACACCAGCAACCAAGCCAAACUCAAGGGACACUGCCUCACUUACAUGCCUCUAUGUCUCCAAAGUCCCUUCAGCCCAGCGACGGGGAUGAACAGGACCUCAGCAAUGGCAAACAGGUCUGUCGGUGGAUUGACUGCAGUGCCACUUACGACCAACAAGACGAACUGGUCAGACACAUCGAAAAGACUCACAUUGACCAGCGGAAAGGAGAGGACUUCACUUGCUUUUGGGCAGGCUGUGUCCGCCGAUAUAAACCCUUCAAUGCUCGUUACAAACUGCUGAUUCAUAUGAGGGUUCAUUCUGGAGAAAAACCAAACAAGUGCAUGUUUGAAGGGUGCAACAAGGCAUUUUCUAGGCUUGAGAACCUUAAGAUUCACCUCCGGAGUCACACUGGGGAGAAGCCAUACCUGUGUCAGCAUCCUGGCUGCCAGAAAGCUUUCAGCAACUCCAGUGACCGGGCAAAGCAUCAGCGAACACACCUGGAUACCAAACCCUAUGCCUGUCAGAUUCCUGGCUGCUCUAAGCGCUACACUGACCCCAGCUCUCUGCGCAAACAUGUGAAAGCUCAUUCAGCCAAAGAACAACAGGUGCGUAAGAAGCUAAAUUCAUGUACUGAUAUCGAACAAGAUGUACUAAGUGAAUGCUUAGCUAUACAACAACUCCACACAUCUUCACAACACAUUUUGGAUGGGAAAUGUGGUAGAUCUGUAGGUCAUCAUGAUUUAAUUACAGGCAUUUACAGUGGUUCCAGCGCUAACCAUAAUGGUCCCUCACCAGGUAUAUUGCCGCCUCCCCAUGACAUCCCUUCAAGACACCAUCCACUCGACUCUACCCUUUCUAGUCCACAUCACCAUCAGUCGCCGUUGGAGAGUGCCAGGGACGGGCUUGCUCCCAACAUAAUCUCUCCACUUGUCAGCCCCCUGAAAGCAUUAGUUCCGCCUUCCCUAUUGCAGAAACACGGCUCUCCGUCAUCACACAGCCAGUCACCAAAUGGGCAGCAAUUUUCUGGAAUACCAAAUAAACCAUACGCUCAAUUUCAAAACCAGUCCAUACAGCAGGGAUCUCAAGGUUACCAAGGCAGCUUUCACUCAAUACAAAACUGUUUCCACUAUGGAGACUGCUACAGAACAAUGGACCAGUCUGUCACCAGUGAUGUGCUAACAGGGGAAUCCCAUUGCUUUAAUCCUCUGAGACAGAAUGGCUAUCACAUACUCAAUGCACCUUUAGCUUCAACAGGCUAUGAUGCCAUCUCUGAAGCACAGUGUGUAUCUGAAGACAUGGUUUCCAACGGAACUGAUGAAAAUGGAUUCUUCCAAAAUGGCGCCUUUGAUCACUGUUUGAAUCACAUUCCUUCCAUCUACACAGAUACCUAA